AUGACCACCGCCAGCAAGACCAUCUCCCCAUCCUCCGGCGUCGCCUCGGACGUCAGACCUGAGCCCUUGACCGUACUGAUCGUCGGUGGGAAUCGCGGGAUCGGCCUCGCUUUUGUGCGCCAGUACGUCGAGCUAGGCUACAAUGUCUACGCCACAUAUCGCGCGUGCUCCGUUGCCGAGGCAAGCGAGCUUCUCGAACUGGAGGCCCAGAACAGCCUCAACCUCAAGACCCUGACGCUGGACCUUGCCGACGAGCAGUCCAUUGAGCGGGCUGCUGAUGCCUUCGACGCCAAGCAGCUCGACAUCCUGAUCAACUGUGGAGCCGUGUGCGAGAUCGAGCGCGUGGCCCUCAGCACGACGGCCGACGAGCUGAUGAGUCGGUUCCGCAUCAACUCGGUCGGGCCCUUCCUGACCACGCGCGCCUUCCUCUGUCACCUCAAGCGGAGCCGCCAGAGCCACGGCCUUGGCGGCCCGGACGACGUCUCGGCGCCGCUCGUGGUCAACAUGACGAGCGAGAUGGGCUCGCUGUCUGAGAACCGGCCCGAGAACCGACCCGGCACCUGCAUGAGCUACCGCGCCUCCAAGGCGGCUCUCAACAUGAUCACCCUGACACUGGCGCGCGAGCUGGCCGACGACGGCAUCGCCCUGGUGGUGCUCAGCCCCGGCCGCUGCGUCACCAAGAUGGCAAAAUGGAGGGGCCAGAUGUACCCCGACGACAGCGUCGCCAGCAUGAUUCGCGUCAUCUCGGGCCUGGGCUUCAAGGAUAGCGCAAAGUAUCUCAACUUUGACGGGAAGCCCAUCACCUGGUGA